AUGGCUAGCGGCAGCGGCUCCGGUUCCGCCCGGUCCUCGGUGCCCUCCGGAGCGGGCGGCUCCCAGCCCCGCAAGAAGCUGCUGUCCAUCUGCGACCAGUGCAAGGCCAAGAUGCAGCUGGUGGCCGAUCUGCUGCUGCUGUCCAGCGAGCCCCGUCCCGUCCACCCCCUGGAGAGCUCCGGUACCCAGCUGGGAGAGGCGUUCGAGAAGUGCCGGGACACGGUGAUCGCCCGGACUAAGGGGCUGUCCUAUCCUGACCCACGAUGUGCAGAGCCAGCUGAACAUGGGCCGCUUCGCUGAGGUGGGGGACAGCCUGCAGGAGAUGGGGGACCUAGUGGUGUCGUUGGUGGAGCUCUCCGCCCAUGCUGCGUACCUGGCGGCGGUAGAGGUGCCCGGAUCCCACGCUGCCCUCCCGGGCCUGGUGGACCGCUACCGGGUGACGCGGUGCCGAUACGAGGUGGAGCAGAGCUGCGCCCUGCUCAGGACGGUGCCCCUCCAGGAACUGACCCCCCAACUCCUCCUGGAGAUCUCACAGAACGUCUCCAAGAACCUCAAGAUCCUGACCGACGCCAGCGUGGCCGCCAGCGAGAAGUCCCGGGACAAGUUCGCCAAGGAGCAGUUCAAGCUGGGAGUCAAGUGCAUGAGCACCAGCGCCACGGCGCUCCUCGCCUGCGUCAAGGAAGUCAAGACUGCCCCCAGCGAACUCUCUAGGAACCGCUGCGUGCUGUUUGGUGGCCCCCUGGUGCAGGCAGUCCACGCCUUGGUUGGCUUUGCCACCGAGCCCCAGUUCCUGGGCAAAGCGGCUUCGCUCAACCAAGAGGGAAAGGCCGUGCAGACCGCCAUCCUGGGGGGUGCCAUGAGUGUGGUGUCCGCCUGUGUGCUCCUGACCCAGUGCCUCAGGGAUAUAGCCCAGCAUUCUGAUGGCAGCAGCAAGAUGACAGACUACAAGGACCGCUUGAGGAGCUCGGCCUGCGCUGUCUCGGACGGAUGCAACUUGUUAUCUCAGGCCCUGAGAGAGAGAUCGUCUCCAAGGACUCUGCCGCCGGUGCACGCCAAUUCUGUGAAGUCCCCCUGA